CAGUCUCAAGUCGAGAAGCAGAACGCAGCCUUUGAACAGAAGCUCGUUGAGAGUCAGGCAAACCACGCGCGGCUUCUUGAGGAGCAGCUGAAAAAGCAGCGGGAGAUGCUGGAGGCGCGACAGCGAAAAGAUCUCGAGACGCAGCUGGAGCAGCAGAGGGCACUGCUGAGCCACCAGAGGCAGGCCCUGGAAGCCGAAUUAGAGGCUGAGCUGAGUCAGAAGCGCGCGGCGCUCCAAGCACAAAAGGAGGAGUUUGAAGCAGAGGUGCACGCUCAGAAAACCAAACUGGCAGAGCAGCUAGAAGGACUGAAGAAGCAGCAGGAGGAUCUCCGGCAGGAGCGCGAACGCGAACUGGCGGAGCAGGUAACAGCCCUCGAGCAAAAGAAGGAGAGAGAAAUCGCAGAACAGCUCGAGAAACACAGAGUGGUAUGGCAAGCGGAGAUCAAGGCGGCGCUUGAAGCGCUGCGCUUGCAUCUCCAGGAAGCUUUUCGGCGAGAGCACGAGCCCAACCUCGCCGGCCGCCUCUCAGCAACCGAAACGACGCAUCAGGAGGCGCUCAGCCACCAGCAACGCGAAUUCGAGAUAGACAUGGAGGUGAAGCUCGCUGAGGCGGAGCAGGCGCGAGACGGGCAAACGAAACAGUUUCAAGAGGAGGCGAACACCAUCCCACUGGAGCGACACUUAAGCUACGAGGGCCGCCCUCGAGAUCAGCAGAAACAACUCGCCGAAGAGCACGAACGGGGCCUCGCCGCUCAAAGGUCGGAGCUCGUGGAAGCAGAGACGCGUCGCUUCGUGGCGCUAAGGACGGAGAUAGGAGAGGCGCAUACGCUCGAAUUGGAAGGACAGAAGAACGACGUUUCUGGAAGCCUACCACUUCACACUCAGAAGGCAGUGAGGUUCCCAGACCUCCACGGAGCCCAGAUGGCUUUGUAUGCGAUUGACGCGAUCACGCAAAGCCAGGAGGCGCCUAAAGAGGAGCUGGGGAAACUCAGGAACUCGGUUGUAGAGGGAAAGCAAGAGACGGAGAGACAGGGUGUGCCAACUUUGGCGGGACCUCUUGUCGAUGAGUUGCCUAAGCAGCCGAAGAG